AGCCACAGGGGGAGGACCUUCUCUGUAGUUCCGGCUGUAGCUACUAGGAAGUGGCUGUCUGAGUCCUCCCCUCCUGCUCUCUGCGUUGAGCCGACUCAGGGCUCAGUCUGUGCAGCUGCUUGUGGCUAGACGCAGCCGUGUGGACUCCUGGAGGCUCCAGGAGAUAGAAAACGAGAUGCCCUCGCUGCUGAAAUGGUCUUCUCUGCCAGUGGCAGGCAUGGUCUCGGAGUUAAAGUUCCCAGUUCCUUGGGGCCACAUUGCAGCCAAGGCCUGGGGAUCCCCACAAGGCCGUCCUGUGCUCUGCUUGCAUGGCUGGCUGGACAAUGCCAACACCUUCAACAGACUCAUCCCAUUGCUCCCUAAAGAUUACUAUUACAUGGCAAUGGAUUUUGGGGGCCACGGCCUGUCAUCCCACCGGCCCGCAGGCUUUCCUUACCACUUCCUGGACUACGUGAGCGAGAUCCGCAGGGUGACAGCAGCCUUGAAGUGGAAUCGAUUUACUCUAAUGGGCCACAGUUUGGGUGGGACUGUCGCAGGAAUGUUCUCCUGCAUUUUCCCUGAGAUGGUAGAUAAGCUGAUCCUGGUGGAAUCUUAUGGCUUCUUCCCAGCUCCUCAGGGUCAGGACAAAGGCCCGGGAUUAGGUAGGCAAAGGAAGCUGAACUCCCCUCUUCCCUCUAGAGAUGGGCUAUCCAAGUCAGAGGAAAGUGACGCAUGGCUGAACUCUAAGAGGAAGGUGAUUGAACGUCUCCUGAGUCUGGAGGAGAACAAGCACCAGCCCCCUAAAAUACGCAGCCCCCAAGAAGCGCUGCAGAGGCUAUUACAAGCCAACAGCCACCUGACAGAGGAGAGUGGGAGGAUCUUACUACAGCGAGGAGCGACUGAGGUGCCGGGAGGCCUGGUGUAUAACAGAGACAUGAGAGCCCUUACGCACAAUCACGACUCCCUGACUCUGGAGCAGUGUGUGAGCUUCUUGAACAAAAUCCAGGCCAGUGUCCUAAUGAUCAUGAUCUCUUUCAUAGGGGGAGGAGGCACUAAACACGGCAAGGCAGACACAAAGUGGGGGUCGUUUAAGUUAAAUAACACUAUUGGGCCCUACACUAAUAGCAAUAAGCCACCCCCAGAUGUGUAUGAGAGAAGGGUGGCAGUGCAUUUCUCAGGUUUAGGUCACACACACAGACACCUAAGGCUAGUGCAAUAACCUGCUAGGGUGCCCCCAUGAUGGCUUAUUGCUGUGAUCAGUGGUGAUAUCUCACAAGGGAGGCUUUUGGAGAGAAGCUGGUGUUAAAUUAAACUCAGAUAUAGAACAGGUGGCAAACAGCACAUUGAAGACCUAGCACUGCUCCCCAGGAAGUGUAUGCAGAGAUAUUCAUGUCACUGGGAGCCCAACUGGGCCCUAAGUGUAUAGAUCAUACUGUACCAACUAAUAGGGAGGGAGGAUGAGGCAACUCAAGGAGGAGACACUAAGGAGUUAGCUCAGAAGUGGAUCUCAUUGUAAUAAUACCUACCUCUUUUGUAAAGCACUCUUCAUCAGUAGAUCUUAAAUGCUUUACAAAGGAACUUAGUAUUAUAAUAUCAAGAAACCUGUGAGGGUCUUUAAAACUCUGCCUUUAACUACUUCGCAUUGUCUAAUUCUCUCUCCACCAGUGAUGCUAGCCUGGCUUACCCAUUUCUCCACUCCUCCCAGAGUUGGAAAACCCAUCCCCAAAACUAAUCUAAAACCAUUACCACUGCCUCCCCCAAAGCCCUUCUCAACUGCCCACUUUUAUCACAGCUCCUCCAAGAAGAGGCAGCGGGGCAUAAAUUGAUGAUCAUUUAAAUAAGGCAAAACAAGUAAAUUAUAAACAUUAUAUUUCCCUGCUCACUUCUGUAUGGUGCUCCUCUUCUUAAAGGACAAGAUCUUCAGGGCUGAUGUCAUGUCCACUUAACCUGUCUCUAAUCUUGAUUGGGACCUUAGAGCACCUCUAUAAAAUAAAACCCCACUAGAAGUUGAGGGGAAAAUGGAGGAAGAGAAACUAACUACAGAGCUGGCUUAGCCUCCAUUUGUAACAGAAAUAGAACCCUGGGCACUUUUACUUUAGGAGAACAUGUUCUUAAGUGUCUAGCUGUUUCUUCUGGAUCCAGUCAGGGCCAGCUCCAGCUUUUUUGCCGCCCCAAGCGGCGAAGGAGAGGAAAAAAAAAAAGUAAAACCUGACUGAGCUGCUGCUGAACUGUCUCCGAAGAGGAAGAGUGAAGGACCCGCCACCCCUUUCUAUUGGCUGCCCCAGGCAUCUACUUCCUUUGCUGGUGCCUGGAGCCAGCCCUGGAGCCAGUAGAAACAAAGAUUUUCUGGAGACAUCUUGAAAAUGUGGGGAGGGAGAGGAUUUGUAAUCUCACAUUGCACCACCGUGUGGAAGAAAUGCAGUGUUACAGCCUCCCAUAAAAGUUAAAAUUGGGAAACUGCAAAAUACACCUCUACCCCAAUAUAACGUGACCCGAUAUAACACAAAUUCGAAUAUAACGCGGUAAAGCGGUGCUCCGGGGGGAUGGGGCUGCGCACUCCGGUGGAUCAAAGCAAGUUCGAUAUAAUGCGGUUUCACCUAUAACGCGGUAAGAUUUUUUGUUAUAUCGGGGUAGAGGUGUACUUGUUUGUGGGGUUUGUUUUGUUCUCUCUCAUUUGUCUGUUUUAGCAUUUCCUGAGUGGCUGCUCUUGUAGCCCCUUGUGCCCUACUGUCCAGAGGAGGCUAAUGCCAGGGAUUGUUUAAUGGCUAAAACCAAACAUGUACAUGCACAAAGGGGGAGGAGAGAAAGCCACCAGGAAGAGAUGGAGGGGUUGGUUGGGUGAAAGCACCAAUGAAGCUGGUUUUCGGACCCUAGGCAAAGCUGUCUUGUCCUGGGCUCUCCUAAGAACUUGACCUUCACAGAACUGAGCCCUGGGAAGGGUAAUUUCCUGAGCUUAUGCACCAUGAUCAAUCCACUCUUUCAGCAGGGGCUUUGAUAGAUAAUGGACCCCUGAGUUUGGUCCUUCCUCCUCUCACUCAACUAAGUGAGUCUAACCCUUGGUGUCCACAACACAGUCAUAUAGUCCUGUCCCAGCCUACACAUACGUGACUGUGGAAAGCAAGAUGAGCUAGUUCAAUUUCUCUAUCUGUGUCUGGUCUCACCUCUCAGGGAAGGAGAGCAGCUAAGAUCUGUGGAGAUGAGGCCCAAGGCGCACUGUGUGUUGCAUGGAACUUUGUGAUUGUU